CUGUAAUCUCUUAUAAUUGCCUUUGACCUAGAUCAAAGUAUCCGUUGAGCCUCAUGAGAGCAUCGCCAGAGUUGAGCGGGUAAAGAGGACUGAGAGUCAACAAGGUUUCCAGCAGUGACAGUGGACAGGUGCCAAAUCUGCUCACACCCCGGCGCAUGGGCAAGGGCAUGGACUCAUUUCAACAUCGACCACGUUCAGCCGUUGAACCAAGCGUUGUUGAGCAGAAAUGUUGCCAUUCCUCUGAUUCGGCUUCGAGACGGAGAAUCAAGAAAGGUGGUAUUGAUGACGGUAGUAGCCUCAGCUUGGCUUGUGUAAGGCCUCUUGUGUGUCCCCCCUUUCUGAUGCCCAGCGUCUCCGUCUUCCAUCCAUCUCAGGCUUUGGUAAUAAAUCGAACUAAUACUUGAAGGAGCAUUGAAGCGCAUGGAUACCUACCUUUGCAUAGCAAAAGAGAGUG